ACUAAACAUUCUACGUGAUUCUACUUUUUUUGUCCCUUUGCUGUUCUUCAUGUGAACUCUGCUUUUCAUUUCCUUCACUUUUACAUGCAGGUCCUGUUCCUCAUGUUCCAGGAGCUUGCACCACACGACCCACACGACAAGUGUGGUCACCACUACGUGAUUUGUCUUGACCUGAAGAACCAAUGCUUUGAGGUGCUUGAUUCAAUGUGUUCGGCAGCCGAUGCAGACCUUACUUCGCAUGCUGAAUUCUUCAUCAACAACGUCAAAGAGACAUGGAACCGUCACUACAAAAACUCAAAGGUCCAGAUCAGACAUUUUCCGAUUGAGUACGUGGCGACUACGAAUCAAGGAAACACGACGGACUGUGGCUUUCACACGUUGGAAUACCUUGCAAAGUGGGAAGGUAGACUUGUUCCCGCUGUCACAGCUGCAACGGUCGUUGAGCUCUGGAAAUUUUACACAUGGAACUGGUUGACGAAUGAAGAUUUCAACAAGCGGUCCGGAGCACGCGAGUUCGUGGAGGAAACUGACAAGAAAGUCAUCAAGAAGUACAAGUGAUCACAUGGCAUUACACACUGGACGCAUACCUUACAUUCUGUUGCCGAGGAAUGUAAGGUACUACAUUCUGUUCUUCUCAAACACUAUGUCCGUGUGCUAUGCUAUGACUGCAACCCCGAGUAGCCUAGUACGCAGUGGUGGUUCGUGAGUGACAUUUGAAUAUUUUCUGUAAUAUUGUGUGUGGAUAUGAACCUAUUUCAGGCGUGAUAGUAGAUACGUUUUAUGUUUAUCAUUA